AUGGACGAUGAGUCAUUGGUACUGGCAAAGUUAAGAGAAGAUCUUCGACGUCAAGGCUAUGUUCGGAUACCCAAGUCGCUUUUUUGCCUGGACGAUAGUCGAGUCGAAGCUCUGCGAGCAUCCUUUGCUAGACUGUUUGAUGGUCACUACGAGACUGGAAUCUACCCGGAUGAAAUCCAUUGGCGCAAGGGGAUAUCUCGUGAGACAGCAACCCGAGAGAUUUGCAAUGGCUGGAAAGCAGACGGCUGUGUGGCAGAUACCGUGUUAUCUCCACAACUGGGUCGACUGGCUUGUGCGUUGAUGGAAUGGUCUUCGAGUAGAAUGGGCCAAGAUGAUGUUCUGCACAAACCUCCGCAGUCGGGCCCCGUGGGCUUCCAUCAAGACGGAGCUUAUAUCAGCGACAAUUUCACUCCUGAGCAGGAUAACUGCUUGACAAUGUGGAUAGCCUUGGACGACGCUGACGGUGAGAAUGGGGCUUUGCAAUACGCACCAGGUUCGCACUUGUGGACACAGCAGCCACCAUCACUGACAGAACCAGACGAGAAAGAUAACAACAUGAAAACCUUGUCAUUUCAUGUGGGCGAGGGAAAAGAUCAUAUUGAUUCCUUAAGGCAGGCAGCUGCAGAGCUUGGCAGGGACCCUCUGCAAGCUGUGGCGUCUGUACGGACAGUACCUGUGAGCACUGGGGAAAUGGUGGUGCAUCUGCAGAACACUUGGCAUGGGAGUGGACCCAACACCUCCAAAGACCGGCAAAGACGAGCUUUGGUGGCACAUUUGUUAGAUGGCCAAGUUAAAUGGAGCUCCACCACGAAACCACACUACAUCUACGGGCGAUACUACAUAAAAGGAGAAUUCACACCACGAGAUGACUUUUUCCCAUUUACCUACAGAACUACCAACGCUCAUCAUUGA